CCACACCUCUCCAGCCGGUGGCCGGUCCUGGGGGAGCGCUAAUGAGAAAUUAUCUGGAUGGUUUACAUUCUGGGGUCUGUAUCCGGCCCAGGGUGGAGUACCAGUUUAUCCUGAUAGUGUUGAAGGCAAGAAGGUUACAGAUACUCCAGCCCUCUGUUAGGACUGAGUCCACCCCUCAGCUCCGCCCCUAGCUGUGGCCCCCUCCCCAGUGCGUGACCUUCCCUCCCACGUUGCCUCGCUUUUUGAUCUCUUGCCGGCUCUGCCUCUGACUCCAUCUCCUUCUCCAGCUGUGAAGAUCCCUUCUUCAAGCCCGGUGGUGAUCCACACUCAGCUCGCUGCCUUGCCCACCCGCCUGGCCUAUCACCACUGAGAACCUUAAUUCUCUCAGGGCCACACUUCUGUUCUUUCCUCCAGCUGCGGUGCAGUAAAGGAGGGUCUAGCACAGGACAGGUGGUAGAGGCACCUUGGACCUGUGAUCCACGGCAAUGUUGAGCCAUUGUUUCUGCCUGUCAGUAGUCAGCUGGAGUAAGUAGAUGUGCUCGCUUUAGAUGGAGCAUUUGUCCUGCCACCUGCCUGUUCCAGCUCCAGUUGGCUCAUAUUUGUCACUUGUAACCCUGGCAUGGAUGUUCCUUUGCAAGGUUGUUUCUUUUUUUCCCCCAAAAAAGUGCUCGAAACUGUUAUCCCAGAAGUGAGGGAAGCCAAUGUUACUUGCUCUGGCAAAAUUUGCAUCUGGAUCCUCCUCUCCAUGUGCCAGCUGCAAUUGUGGCUCCCUGGUCAUUCAAGCGGAAGUGGGCCAGGCAGGGACAGGGACAGGGACUGGGUGACCAGGACAGGGUCCAGGCUGAAAGCUGGAACCUGGGGACGUGGGAGCUUGCGUUUUUUGAGUACUAACUCCUCGUGUCCCAGGGAUCAUGCUGGCAGGCACAAAGUACAGAGACCUUCUCUGCCCCAAGGACCCUAGAGAAACCCGUUACCUAGUGACACCAAAGUCUCACAGGCCCAGGUUUAAUGCAAAUUUAUCUGAUGCAGUGUUUGUAAAGACUGAUGGAAUGGAUCUCCCAGGGGUCCACCACCUCAUUCUGCCAAUUGGGGGAGCCAAUGCUGUGGUUAGAGGUAAAUCCUGUCACUUUGAGUGAUCACUUUCAUGCCAAGGUAAUCGACCACAAAGAUAAAUGCAAAUAUGGAAAUUGCAUGCCAGUGCUCAAUAUUAAGUUGGUAUCCACACAAUAUGGGAAAUAGGAUAUUGCUUUUUAAGUGGGCAUAGGAAUGUAGACAGAAAGUCUUGGUCAUAAAAAACAAUACCACAGGUAUAUUACUGAGACCUCAUUAUACUGUAUAUGAGCACCAGUCUGAACAGUUUCCCAUAAUACCUCUUUUAAGGUAUAAAGAAUCAACUCUCUUGCAGGUAAGAAAGCAGGCUCAGAAUAGCUAAGCAAUUAGCCCGGGGUAACACAGCUGGCAAGUAGCACAGCCAGCAUUUGAAGUCAGGCAGUCUGAUUCUGAAGAUGUCCCUGUGACCACCACGCUAUACACUCAGCCUCCAGACAAUGUGCUUGUGGCUGAAGCCCCCAGUCUGGUAAACUGAGCAGAACAUCCAUAAUCUGGGGAUGACGGAAGAGUAUAGCGGAGGCUAGGAGGAUGGGAAGGCUUUGGCAGGUCAUGCAAGGAGUACUGGAGGGGCAUGCAGGGGUUGGCAGCUGACAGGGCAUUUGGGGGUGGCUGGGGGCAUCUCUGCUGGCUCCAGCCAUAGCACCAGGUGGGACCCAUCAGCCUCGUGUAAACACUUCUCAGAGGCAGCUUAACCACUUGAGUGUGUCCGGCCUUCAAAGCCAGUGGGAGAGGCCAGGAGGGAGGCACAGAACUCCCUAGGGGGAUAAUGAUUUAUCUCCUGUGCAGGUGGACUCCACCGGGGCCUCUUGGGGAGGUGAGGGGGUGAACUGGGCACUAGGGAGCUGAGAGGGGAGAGCAGUAGGGCGGGAGUGGAGGAGCACCUCUGGCUAGCACCUCAGACUUCUCAUUAGGAAGCCAAAGCUCAGCCAGCACACCCAGCAGGCCUGAGAAAUAGUCACGUUUAUGCCCAUUGGCUAGAUGAAGAGACUGAGGUUCAGAGAGGCUGAAUGACCUGUUCAAAGGCCACUAACUGGCAGACAGGCAAGCAAUGCUUCCCGAGACCCACAAUGAGUCCUGUGGGAUAGGCCAGAUGCUCCCAGUUUUCAAGUGCCCUGGGACAAGCCCAGGCAGGCCUCUGUCCUGGGGGUGGGUGGACUGAGAGCACCAGAGGGCAAGGGUGUGACACCAAGUUUGGAGCAGAGCUCCUGUCCUGGCUCCAGGUAGUGGUCUGAGGCCCAGCAUCCAGCUUCCCAGACAUAGCUCACCGGGGGCGGGGGGGCAGCCCCUGCCCCCAUCACCCCAGCCACUGGAUCCAGAGCCCUGGCUCUCUCCGGGGUAGGGAUUAUUGCCAUUCUCUGUGUCUCUGGCCAGGGCGGGCGCUGCUGCCUCUUUUAUCCCCUCACAAAGGCCAGCCCUGCCAGGCCUGCUGUGUCAGAGUUUCUGUGCCUGGAGGGGGGCAGGGACCUUACUUCCUUUUCUCCUGCCAAACCUAGAGGGCCAUGCAGAGUCUACCAGCUUGGUGGGGGCCACUGCUUUAGCUCCAGGACAGGUGAAGAACACAUAGGUGACUCAGCACUAGGAAAAGAAGGCUGGCAGGUCAAGUAGCCAAGAAGGGCUCCUCUUCAAAUGACAGGAUAUUACUGCAGCAUGAGGUUUGUAGGGUAGACUUAAAGAAGGACUUCCAGUGAGAGCUGGCCACUAUCAGUCAGGGGUGGGGCCAGCUGGCUCCCAUUAUUGAUAAAUCACCAGUGAUCCACAAGUCUGGUUUGAGUGUUCACCAUAUUCCACCUAUUUGAGUAGCUGGCUCUAGUAUCAGGGUAAGGAAUUCUGUGAGUGAGGAACAGGAACUGAUUUCUUCUGCAGGGAUACCAGGUGGGUUACUUGUAGUGUCUGGAUGUUCUGGCCUCGAACAGUCUCCUGAGUAGAGAAACCUAGGGGAAGAUCAGAAGCAUAGGUUGGGGGCCCCAGGUUACCACAGAAUUAACCCUUCUCUCUCUUCCCUCAGGUUGGUUUUUGGGGUAGCCCGUUGCAGCAACCAAGACUUCCCAUGUGACACUCGGAGAAGGCUUUGAGGAACUCUGCCUUUGAGGCCCUCGGUCUGGGCUGAUGGAGCCCUGUGCUCCCCACGCUCUCUCUGUCCACAGUUGAGAUUUGGGUGGAUUUGGGCUGCGGCUCGGGCUUGAAUCUCCUGCUGCUGACCCAGCCCCACAGGCGUUAGCAAGAGCCCUGCGCCAUCCACUGCCCCCCAAGAAACCACCCCUCCCGCCAGGGGCCUGGAGCUGGAGAGUGACUAUGCGGCUUGGGCUGUGUGUGGUGGCCCUGGUUCUGAGCUGGACACACCUCACCGCCAGCAGCCGAGGGGUCAAGGGGAAGAGGCAGAGGCGGAUCAGUGCUGAGGGGAGCCAAGCCUGUGCCAAGGGCUGUGAGCUCUGCUCCGAGGUCAACGGCUGCCUCAAGUGUUCACCCAAGCUGUUCAUCCUGCUGGAGCGGAACGACAUCCGCCAGGUGGGCGUCUGCUUGCAGUCCUGUCCGCCUGGAUACUUUGACGCCCGCAACCCCGACAUGAACAAGUGCAUCAAAUGCAAGAUUGAGCACUGUGAGGCCUGCUUCAGCCACAACUUCUGCACCAAGUGUCAGGAGGGCCAGUAUUUGCACAAGGGUCGCUGCUACCCAACCUGUCCUGAGGGCUCCACCCCCACAAAUGGCACCAUGGAGUGCAGCAGUCCUGCACAAUGUGAAAUGAGUGAAUGGUCCCCGUGGGGGCCCUGCUCCAAGAAGAAGAAGCUCUGUGGCUUCCGGAAGGGCUCUGAGGAGCGGACACGCAGAGUGCUCCAUGCUCCUGGGGGGGACCACACCACCUGCUCUGAGACCAAGGAGACCCGAAGGUGCACAGUGCGGAGGAUGCCAUGCCCUGAUGGACAGAAGAGGAGGAAGGGAGGCCAGGGCCGACGGGAGAACGCCUACAGGAACCCCAGCAGGAAGAACAAGGAGACCAGCCCAAGCUCUCGGAGACACAGAGGACAGCAGCAGCUGCCAGAGCAGCCACAGCCAGGGACAGUGGGGCCACUCACGUCUGCUGGGCCCAGCUAAGCACAGGACCCCGCCUCCACCCCCAUGCAAAAGAGCCCCACGCUGCUCUGCGUGAAGAAAGCUUCCCAGAACUGGAGUGUCGGGGGCAGUGUGUACACAUACACUCCAUCCAUGCAUGCACACACAGCCAUGUCCAAAUGUGCAACCAGACAGACACACACAUGUGCACAUACGCACACAACUGAGGCCACCAGAAGACACUUCCAUCCAGUGGCCCAACAGUUCACACUUGGCGUACAAUGCUCACAAUGGUUGUGUCAGACCAUUUUCCAGUAUUCAAAGCCAAACUUUGCAGCACGGAACUUUCUGGAGAAGCUACCGGGAUUGCACCUGCCAAGUGUGGUGGUCCAGCCAAAGCCUGAGAACUGCUGUGGGAGAAGAAUUCAUCCGACCACGUUUAACAUACCAGCUGUGUGACUUUAUCGUUGGAGAGUAUCCCAGAGCAUCCGUGAUACAUAUCAGGGCUGACCUGACUCAAAAAACUGCUUAAAGGUUUAUUUCAAAUUAAAAAGAAAAAAACCAAUGACAACAAUA